ACGAGCUUUGGCGUUCAGCCCCUUUCGUUCCCAGCAGGCUUUGCGCGUGGUAAGAUGGUGGCGUCCAGGUAGGAGUCUUGAGGAGACCAGAACGGUAUGGCGUUGCAGUCGGGGCCCGCUAGGCGGGCUCUGGCUGGCUCUGGUAGGCUUGGCCUUGGGGGCUGCGGGGCUCCGAGACGCGGGGCGUACGAGUGGGGCGUGCGCUCCACGCGGAAGCCCGAGCCUCCUCCCCUGGACAGGGUGUACGAGAUCCCUGGACUGGAACCCAUCACCUAUGCCGGGAAGAUGCACUUCAUGCCCGGGCUGGCGCGGCCGGUCUUCCCGCCCUGGGACCCCGGCUGGAGGCACCCGAAAUUCUACCGGUCGCCCCCGCUUCACGAGCACUCGCUGUACAGAGACCAGGUCUGCUACAUCUUCCACCAGCGUUGCCGCCUUCUCGAGGGUGAAAAGCAGGCCCUCUGGCUUACCAAGGCCAAGUUAAUAGAAGGCCUUCCUGAAAAAGUACUCAGCCUUGUUGAUGAUCCAAGGACCCACAUAGAGAACCAAGAUGAGCGCGUUCUGAACGUGAUCUCUCAUGCCCGUCUCUGGCACUCCACUGAGGACAUCCCCAAGAGAGAGACCUACUGCCCAGUCAUUGUGGACAGUCUGAUACAACUGUGUAAAUCCCAGAUUCUCAAGCAUCCAUCUCUGGCCAGGCGGAUGUGUGCCAAAAACUACACAUUAUCUGCCUCCUGGAAUCGAGAGUCUAUUCUCCUUCAGGUCCGUGGUUCUGGUGGAGCCCGACUGAGUGCCAAGGAUCCUCUGCCCCCCAUUGCCUCCAGAGAGGAGGUCGAAGCCACUAAGGAUCACGUUCUUGAGACCUUCUAUCCCAUAUCUCCCACUAUUGACCUCCAGGAGUGCAAUGUGUAUGAGGUGAAAGACAACACAGGAUUUCGAGAGGGCUAUCCUUACCCCCAUCCCCACACCCUGUACUUCCUGGAGAGAGCCAAUCUCCGGUCAUAUCGCUUCCAGCCAAAUCAGCUGCGGGCCAAGAUGAUCCUGUUUGCUUUUGGCAAUGCCCUGGCUCAGGCCCGGCUCCUCUAUGGGAGCGACGCCAAGGUCCUGGAGCAGCCCGUGGUCGUGCAGAGUGUGGGCACGGAUGGGCGUGUCUUCCAGUUCUUGGUGCUGCAGCUGAACACCACAGACCUGGCCUCGGCUGAGGGCGUCAAGAAUUUGGUCUGGAUGGACGCAGACCAGCUCCUCUAUCAGCACUUCUGGUGUCUCCCUGUGAUCAAAAAGAAGGUGGUUGUGGAACCUGUUGGGCCGAUUGGUUUCCAGCCAGAGACCUUCAGGAAGUUUUUAGCCCUGUAUUUGCACGGUGCCAUGUGAGCCAAGGACCACUUUGAGGCCGGAUCCCCCCUGCCCCGCUCUCCAAGAAGAACCUGCAUCUGGGGCGGUGAUGGCCACCUGGAGCUUGGUGGUCUCGCUGACAGUAAAGAGCUUGGUGUCACACUGGA